GAGGAGGAUGAGGAGGAGGAGGAGGAGGAGGCUCGGUGAUGAAUGUGCUGAUUAUUCAGGUGAAGAAAAGCUGCUGUGAAGCAACAGAAACGUCCUCAGUUGAUUUUGUUCAGAGGAAACUUUCACCGCCGCCGUUUCACCAUCUGGUCGACCGAACCGACGUCCAACCAACACAACACCAACUCAAACAGUCUGAAAUAACUGACGGCUGACAGAGCGUCGCACUGAGCGUGCUCAGUGAUCAGGAGCUGUGAGUGCCCGACCCGUACCUGCUGACCAAUCGCAGGAUGAGUGAUGUCCGGUUGGUUUCUGCCUCCUCCACCGUCUCCAAGGUAACAGGCCCAUCACCGGGAUGCAGUUCCCGCGGCAACGAUCCUCCAGCCUUCGUCCUUCCUCCACGCAACGCCCGGGUCGCCCUGGGGGGAGACGCCCGACUGGAGGGGAAGGUGCGUGGUCAUCCUGAGCCUCAGGUCACAUGGUACAGAGAGGGGAGGGCUGUGAUUGGUGGAGAGCGCUGUGUCGUGACGCAAGGUGGGCGGGGCACCUUCAACCUGGUGGUGGGCGGAGUCAGAGAGGAGGACCUGGGCCGUUACACCUGUCAGGCCACCAAUCAGGCCGGGAGCCGACAGGUUACCGUGGAGAUCCUUCUGGAAGAGACUUCUGGGAAGAAAUACGUCCUCCCAUCCUCCAUGAAACCAGGGUGUCGCUCUGCGGUCCCGGCGAUGGACAACAGGCCCAGCAUUUGGGGCGAGAGUCCGCCAAAGUUCGUCACCAAACCGAGCCGAGUGUUCGCCAAGCUGGGACAGACCGGGAAGUUCUCUGCCAAAGCAACGGGACGCCCACAGCCCCGGGUCACAUGGUUAAAGGGGGAGGCGGAGCUUCAGUCUUGUGGGCGGGUCAGUAUGUACGAGCGCUCUGGUCUUCACUUCCUGGAGAUACAGGAAGUGCAUGCGGAGGAUGCAGGAAGUUACACGUGUUUGGUCACCAACAGUGCCGGAACGGCAACCGCCACCGCGGCACUGAACGUCCAGGGUAUUCCUGACGACUCCUCCAGCUCUCAGGCAGAGCUGCUCAGACCCAGAGAGCAGCUGCUGUCUCAGCCGGGACCUCCUGUACAGCUCCCUCUGGUGGCCGGGGCCAGAACUGCAGCUGCUCAGGUCCAGUCAGUCUCCAGUUCGGUUCCAGUUCACCCCGGUUCUGUCCAGCAGCCAGCGAGCAGCUCAGAGAGCAGCAGGGCUCUGAGGAGGUCGGCGUUGGGGUUCAACCUGCGGUUCGAGGCCGUACCUUUGGACCAGGAGGCCACAGAGGGAGCACAGGUCACAUUCACCUGCCAAAUCUCGUCUGCUGCCGUUGCCACGGUAACCUGGCUGAAGGACGGGCGUCCGGUGAGGACGGGACCGGGUCUGCAGCAGAGACAGGACGGCACCCGUCUCACUCUCACCAUGGAGAGAGUGAGACAGGUGGACCAGGGAACCUACGGGUGUCAGCUGAUCGCCACCAACGGACCGACUGUAACCUCUGCAACCUGGACCCUCAGUGUGCACAAGAGCCUCGCUCCAGCUGGUGCUCGGUCCUCGUAUGUCGGGGGCGUGGCCUCCCUGACCAUUCAGAACGCGUCACGGCGUGAUGAAGGCGUGUACAGCCGAGACGGAGCGGAGAGCAGCGCCGGAGUCCAGGUCAAAGGCAGGCUGCAGGGUCACAGGUCAAAGGUCACAGAGGUCAGAGGAGCGUGUGAGGCUCCACGCUUCAUCUGUCGCCUCGCCGACAUGAAGGUGAUGGACGGCAGCAGAGUUACCAUGACGGUGGAGCUGACCGGUCACCCUCCUCCAGAGGUGGUCUGGCUCCAUGACGGGCAGGAGGUGACGGAGUCGGAGGACUUCCACCUCCUGCAGGAGGAGAACCGCUGCACUCUGCUGAUCCAGGAAGUCUUCCCCGAGGACACCGGGACCUACAGCUGCCAGGCCUGGAACCAGUACGGAGAGGACCACACCCAGUGCCAGCUCACUGUGGAGGAGCCCCAGGACGGGGUCCAGCCCUGGUUCAUCACCAAACCCAAGCCUGUGAGCGGCGUCGUGGGUCAGCACGUCCUCCUGUCCUGUGCCAUCGCCGGGGACCCGUUCCCACAGUACACCUGGACCAGAGCCGACCUGAGCCGGACCCUGAGCUCUGGAGGAGACUACGAGCUGCUGCAGAAGGAGGACGUGGUCUCGCUGCUCAUCAGGAGAGUGAAAAAGCAUCACGCUGGAGAUUAUCUGAUCACGCUGAGGAACAAUGUGGGGGAGUGCAGCGCUUUGGCCUGUCUGUCUGUCACUGACGGAGAGACAGACAGGACGAGAGGACGAGGAGGACGAGCAGGAGAGGACGACAGCCCUGCAGCAGGAGGAAGAGGAGGAGGAGGAGGAGGAGGAGGAGGAGCAGCUAGUGGGACCGCGGCGCUGAGAGGAGGUGCCAGAGGAGGAGGAGGAGGAGGAGGAGGCGUGGAGCAGAGGAGCAGCGGCAGUGUUGGUGUCAGUCGGCAGUGGCAGGAGGCCAACCAGGAGCAGAAGGAGAACCUGCACCUGCAGAAGGAGGAGAAGAAGGAGGUUGACCAGGACUCUCUCGCCGCCACCGCCGCUCCCCGAGGCCACCUCAAACGCUGUGUGGACACCAGGGAGCGUGGCGAAGAGGAGCUGCGACAGAGGGAGGCGCAGCAGCUCGACUUCCGUUCCCUUCUGGGACGCCGAGCUUUUAACGCCAAAAACAACCAGGAAGAGGAGCCGAGGGAGGCCACCGCCACCGCCGAGCACCGCCAACGCCACCAGAUGGAUUUUAAGUCCAACCUCAAAGGCGUCAAAGCCAAGACGGAGGAUGACCGCAAGGGCAACUCCCCACAGCAGGUCGACUUCCGUGCCGUGUUGGGGAAGAAGGGUGCUGCUGCCAACAAACCCGCAGAGACACCCGGAAAGAACGCCGCAGACUUCCGCACUGUCCUCGCCAACAAGAAGACAGCGACGAGCCCCGAGAAGAACGGGGACAACGGGAAGGCGGCGGUGAACAACUGCGUGGAUGGAGGGAUUAACGAGAAGAAGAGCAGCGGCGGAGGAGGAGGGACGGCGCCGGAGUUUGUGGAGAAGCUGAGUGAUGUGACGGUGCUGGACGGGCAGCGGCUUCGGCUGCAGUGCCGCCUCGCUGGCGCCGACCCCAAGGGCGCCACCGUCACCUGGACGCUGGACGGGAAGACCAUCAAACCGUCCAAGUUCAUCAUCCUUGCCAACGAAGGCGGGCUGUGCUCUCUGACCAUCGGUAAAGCUCUGCCAGAGGAUGAAGGACAGUAUAAGUGCAGAGCCGAGAACUCAGCAGGGAAAGCUGAAUGUUCCUGUAUGGUUCUCGUUGACGACCCGGCAGAAAACUCUCCAGCGGACAAGAAGUCCAAGAAGGCGACUCCGACCUCAGAGAGUGAAGCCAGAAUAAAGAAACCGACUGCCAAGACUCCUCCCAAACAAGCUCUGCCUCCUCAGAUCCUGCAGUUCCCAGAGGACAUGAAGAUCCUGGCGGGAGAGAAGGUCGAGAUCCUCUGCAAGUUCUCUGGAGCUCCGCCCAUCAACUGCACCUGGUUGAAGUUUAGGAAACCAAUCCAGGAGGGCUCAGCUGAUAUCUCCAUAGAGAGCUCUGACAGCAGCAGUAAACUCACCAUCUCCAGCGGUCAGCAGGAACACUGCGGCUGUUACACCAUCGAGCUGAGGAACAGCUUCGGCCUCCGACAGGCCGCCCUCAACCUCACCAUCGUCGAUAAACCCGACCCCCCAGCGAGGGUCCCUGCAGCCUCAGAUAUCCGGCGGGCCAGUCUGACUCUGUCAUGGUACGGGCCGACAUACGACGGAGGCAGCGCCGUACAGUCCUACAACCUGGAGAUCUGGGACUCUUUGGACCAGCAGUGGAAACACCUGGUGUCCUGCAACAGCACCUCCUACAACGUACAGAACCUUCUGCCGGAGCGUCAGUAUAAGUUUCGGGUCCGGGCGGAGAACAUCUACGGGGUCGGAGAGCCGAGUGCUGAAUCUGAACCCGUUACUGUCGGACUGGUGGACGAUGAGAACCUGGAUGAGGCCGAGGCAGAGGAGGAGGACGAAGACUCAGAGAAAGAGCCGGACUACAGAGACGUGAGCGUCAGGACGGACACGAAGGUGAAGGACCUGUACGACGUGGAGGAGAGGCUGGGAACGGGGAAGUUCGGUCAGGUCUUCAAACUGGUAGAGAAGGCCACGAAGAAGGUGUGGGCGGGGAAGUUCAUUAAGGCGUACUCGGCGAAGGAGAAGGAGAACGUCCGGCAGGAGAUCGGCAUCAUGAACAGCCUCCAUCACCCCAAACUGGUCCAGUGUAUCGACGCCUUCGAGGGCAAGUCUGACAUCGUCAUGGUGCUCGAGAUGAUCUCAGGUGGCGAGCUGUUUGAGCGGAUCAUCGACGAAGACUUUGAGCUGACGGAAAGAGAAGUGAUCAAAUACAUGCUGCAGAUCAUCGACGGAGUCAGCUUCAUCCACAAACAGGGCAUCGUCCACCUGGACCUCAAACCUGAGAACAUCAUGUGUGUCAACAAGACCGGCGGCAAGAUCAAACUCAUCGACUUCGGCCUCGCCAGGCGACUAGAAAGUGCAGGAACUCUGAAGGUUUUGUUCGGGACUCCAGAGUUUGUGGCUCCGGAGGUGAUCAAUUAUGAAGCCAUCAGUUAUCCCACCGACAUGUGGAGUAUAGGAGUCAUCUGUUAUAUACUGCUGAGCGGUUUGUCUCCUUUCAUGGGCGACAACGACAACGAGACCCUGUCCAACGUGACCUCGGCCACUUGGGACUUUGAGGACGAGGCGUUCGAUGAAAUCUCCGACAACGCCAAAGAUUUCAUCACCAACCUGCUGAAGAAAGACAUGAAGGCUCGGCUCACCUGUGCUAAGUGUUACGAACACGCCUGGUUGAAACAGGACACUAACACCAUGAAAGCCAAGAAGCUCUCCAAAGAGAGGAUGAAGAAGUACAUCCUGAGGAGAAAAUGGCAGAAAACGGGUCACGCUGUUCGAGCCAUCGGCAGACUGUCGUCCAUGGCCAUGAUGGCCGGCGUGAGCGCCAAGAAGGGCUCGCCAACCGAAGAGGACAACCAGUUCCUGGAGUGUUUGGAGUACGAGCAGAAGACGGAGUGUAAGCCGACGUUCAGUUCGGUCAUUAAAGACGUUGAGGUGGUGGAGGGCAGCGCCGCUCGCUUCGACUGCAAGAUCGAAGGGUACCCGGAUCCAGAGGUGGUCUGGUACAAAGAUGACCAGCCCAUCAAAGAGACCCGACACUUUCAGAUCGACUACGAUGAAGACGGAAACUGCAGUCUGGUCAUUUCAGAGGUGUCCGGUGACGACGAUGCGAAGUACACGGUGAAGGCGGUCAACAGUCUGGGGGAGGCCACCUGCACCGCCGAGCUGCUGGUGGAGGUGAUGGCUGGAGAGGAAGAGGAGGAGGAGGAAGAGGAGGAAGAGGAGGAAUAAAGCAGUGUUGGUCUGGACUCCCACAGGAGGAGGAGGUGCUGAUCCUCUUCAUCCUGUCAGACCGGAGCAGGACCGAUCCAACCCCCCCCCGCUAAACACCAAAAAAAGAUUUUCUUUAUUCGUCACAGUGUGUGCUAAACCCCGCCCACCUGAACCCCGUGGAGAACAUAAGCCCCGCCCCCCUCAGCUUAGCCUCUGUUCAUUGGUUGGUUUCCUCUUACAGACGGAACAAGAUAUCUGGAUCUUCAUCAUAUUAUAAUAUAAUUUAAAAGUUCUGAUCACUAGAGCUCGAGGAAACACAUGAUGUAAACAGAAACGUUUGUUUAUUGACAGGAUGCUUUAAUGUGUUAAAAACUACACCUCCCAUGAUUCUUUAGACAGCAGUACAGUGUCAGAGGAUUGUGGGAGAUGUAGUUGUUGAAUGCUAACAAAAUAACAAUUGUUAUAUCUGAUAAAAUGGUGGUAAAAUUGUAGGAUAUGGCUCAAAAAAAUCUUGUUUCAGCUCUAUACGAAAGAUCCCGACAGAAAACCUUUGCAAGGAAGCACACUGAUGAAGAGUUACUAAAGGAAGGUAUGAUAACAUUCAGCUCCCAGGGCCCCUUCAUCAGAGACUCAUGGGAGAUGUAGUUGUUGUUGCAGGGCGCGGGACUUUAGCUCUCUGUCUACCUGAACCAUGAUAAUGUACUGUAUGUGUACCAGACCUGCUCCCUGUGGGAGUCCAGGUGAGGAAGACGAUGGUACGAUGGAAGAAUGAUGAAGGCAGAGAUAAACAGAGCUUUAUAUUCAGAGUUUGGUCACCUAACAAUAAAGUGGCUUUAUAAAAGCUCCAGAAGUGGUUUAGCAUGUUAGCGCUGCGGCUAACGGUGUGGCGGAUGCAAACAGGAAGAAGAUGAGAUUAAUCACCUGAAGAUGAUCCAGAUUUGACUGAUUAACUGUCUGAGCGUCCUGAGACGAGUUCAGGGUUUAUUAACUUCACUAGAAUCAGAUAGGAAGCUAAUGUUUGUGAGCUAACGUCACUCUAACUAAUGUUAGCUCAAUAGCUGAUAAACAUUAGCUAAUUAGCAGCGGGGAUCUGGGGAGUUAGGG